CCCCUGUUAAAUCCUCAUAACAGCGCUGUUGUGUUGCCCACUGCCAGUGCUGUAAAAUACCGCAAGAGAAUCACAUUUCGGUAUUCAUCAGAGAAAAGGACAAGGAUUACUUGUGCGCUGGAGGAGAGCUUUUACAAGCAAUCAGGGUAAACCACAUAUAAUGACAAGUCCGUCGCGAGAUAUAAACGAUCUUUUUGACGAAAUUGUCCUGACCGAGGAGAAGGAAGCACGUUUGGGCUACGAGGAGGGACUGAAAGACGGCCAGGAGCAGGGCAACGAAGAAGGCUACAAAUUGGGUUACGCCCAGGGUGUCUCACUAGGCGAGGAGCUCGGCAAGAUUCUGGGCCAGGUGGUGGCUCAGCAGCAACUAAAACACACGGACAAGGUGCGCCGCAGUUUGGAGCAGCUGCGCUCGCUCAUCGAGGAGUUUCCGCGCACCAACGAUCCGCAGGCGGACAUAAUUGGUGCAGUGCAGGACAUUCGAUCCUCCCAUCGUCGCCUACGUGCCUUGCUUGGAUCCAAAAAAACGCCUGGAGCAGAAACGCCUCCAGAAACAAAUUCGGUCGAUCAUAAAGACUACAGCUUUUAG